UACAUGCUAUUAUUGUUUCGUUGAAGUUUUCAUUUAGUGGAAGAGUGAUAUAAAUUAUAAGGAAUCCGCAAAAUGAGCAUUAAAUUUAAAAUUCACCGACAUGUACAACUGUAAUUUUUCAUAUGGUUUUAUAUCUCUUUUUUUGUUAUUGAGGAGAUAAAUUGUUACAAUUGCGUGUAAGAUAAAAAUUUUCUCAGGCAUAUAAUGAGAAGACAAAACGAGUUAAGCGUUAAACCGUUGAAAAUUUUACAUAGAAAGUGCACAUUUGUCGAGUUUUUUGUUUUGCUAAAAAAAUUCAUCGUAGAGAGGAAAGUUCCCAUUUAUGCAAAACAUUUUGAUGGUGCAAUGGUAUUAAUGAAUCUAUAGCUUCAGACUAUCGUCUCCGUUGGUCAAUCGAGGCAUAGCCAUAGAAUGGGAAAAAUGGAAUACUUUCCGUUGAUUUAAAGUGACACUUUAUCAAUAAGAAUCCAAAUGAGUGCUAAAGACAUAUGUGCGCAUGUUUAUGACUUUAAUAAAAAGACUGUAGAAAUGCAUUUUACAUACCUAUUUCAUGUAUGAUACACAUAAUGAAUUAUUCUUGUUUAAUAUUUGAACAACAAGGAUAAAUGAUGCAAUAUUUGUAUCAUGAAAUGGAAUAUAUCUUAAGAUUAAAAACGUAUCUGUAUUGUUGCUUACAAUCAAAAAGAGUGUAACCAUAUGAAUUUUUGUAUACUGUAAACGUAAAUGUGAAUGUGUUAUACGACGAUGUUGCUGUUCAUCUCCCUAGCAAAUCUUUUUUAUGUUUGUGUUAAAUAAGGGUACAAUAAGAAUACAAACAUUUUUAUUAAAAUUAAUAAGUUGUUAUAAGUAAAGAACCAACAAUUUUCUUAAUUUUUUGUUACAGAUGCGUGAGCUAUAAUAAGCAACUAUUGUUUUUUUACCAUUAUUUAAUGCAAUACUACGAGUCAGGAUUUGGUACGGAAUUGAAGCUUCUUCUGCAAUGGUUACUGCUCCCAAAAUCGUCAACUCGUACUGCAUACCUGCCAUUGUUGUUUUCAACAUUAACGUGAACUUCUGUUCAAGAAAAGAUAUUUAUGAUCAACAGACUUACAAGUGUUUGAAAAAUCAUUUCGAUCACACAAGAAGGGGCAAGAGUGGCGAAGAAGAAAAUAGUGUAACAGUGUGCAAAAAGAUCGCGCAUCUAUGUGGCAAUCAACCAUCAACGCAGAGCGCAAUUCUUUUCUUUGGACAGUCAAUUUGCAUGUGUCCAAUCGAGUUGUAUUCCAGGAGUCUUACGCCUGUUAGCAUCACUAAAAACUAUGUCGCUGCGUAAUCUGUUGAACAACAAAAUCAGGUAAAGUGUACAUCAAUAACAAAACUAUUGAUUUAUUAUAGUUUAAUACUGUGUUAUAAAAUUAUAAUAUAUUUACAGUUAUAUGGGUGUUUAACUGAACACAAUUUACAAGAACACUGAAUUAAACCGCAUUGGAGAAAACGGGCAAGUUAAAGAUAAAUAAUACAUUAUAUUACUUUAAACAAUCACACAUAUGUGUAUUAUACAGUAUAAACAUCAAUACUGACAUUUAUUAAAUAUUAAAUACAUAAGUUAAAAAGAGCAAAUUAAAUAUUUGAAAACAUAAAUGUUAAUAUUAUUGUAAAUGUAUUCAAUGCAAUUAUACAAAAGCUUAUUUAAAAUA